AUGUCACAGCUCGCUGUUGGAUUAGCCAACGGUGUUGUUAUCUUGAUUCGCGGUGAUUUAUCGAAAGAUAAGGUCAUUAAGCAGAAGGUGAUUCAUGAAGGAGAAGAGCCUAUCACUGGGCUCGGAUUUCGUGAACAGACCAAAUCUGUUAUAUUGUUUAUCGUGACCACGAGUAAUAUAAUGUCGUAUAAUACGACUGUUGUGAAGCCUACGACUACUAUAUUGGAUGAACAAGGUUGUGGUUUGGGAUGCGCCAUCAUGAACGAUCAACAGGAGAUGGUUGUUGGCCGCGAUGAGGCUAUCUACCUCUAUGACCCUACAGGAAGAGGACCUUGCUUUGCUUACGACACACCAAAAUCUUCGCUGACAUGGUUCAAAUCAAAUUAUAUUAUUAUUGUGUCUCCACCUGUUAUGACUUCUGCUAAUCUCUCAACCGGUGCUAGAGAAUCUUUGAACCUAAACAAAAACAAUGUCAAUGCAACAACAGAACUUACGAAAAUAGCUAUUUUCGACACAGCGAAUAAGUUUCUGGCAUAUGUAGGCACAUUUGUCGGUGGUAUCCAUGGUAUAUUCUGUGAAUGGAACUCCGUUUGGGUUGUUGGUGCAGAUGGAAAGUUGUAUCAAUUGAAUGAAAAAGAUACGCCUACAAAAUUGGAGAUUUUAUUCAAAAUGAACUUGUAUGUUCUUGCCAUCAACUUAGCACACAUGCAGAAAUACGACGAUAACAGCAUUACCGAUAUUUUCAAGAAAUAUGGAGAUCAUUUAUAUAAUAAGGGGAAUUAUGAUGGCGCAAUGGAGCAGUAUAUCAGAACUAUUGGUCAGCUGGAACCAUCAUACAUUAUUCGAAAAUUUCUUGAUGCCCAACGGAUCUAUAACUUAACAAACUAUCUUCAGGAGCUUCAUUCCAAGGGUUUUGCCAACGCAGAUCACACUACGCUCCUUUUGAAUUGUUAUACAAAACUGAAAGAUGUAGCUCGUUUAGAUGAGUUUAUUAAGACAGGUACAGAUCUAAAUUUUGAUUUGGAAACAGCUAUCAGUGUAUGUCAUCAAGCGGGUUACUAUGAGCACGCAGUAUAUUUAGCAGAAAAAUAUCAAGUGCACGAUAGCUAUUUGGAAAUUGUGAUGGAGGAUACAAAGAAAUAUGAUGUUGCUUUGAAUUAUAUUCGCAAAUUAGGACCGUAUGAAGCCGAAAAGUACUUAAAAAGAUACAGUAAAACACUAUUAAUGUAUCUUCCUGAUGAAACGACGCAGUUGUUAAUCGAUUUAUGCACGGGUACGCUUCCUUUACCUGAAAACGAUGGCAAUAACAAUCCAUCUCGAAAAGCGAAUGAAUCAGAGAACAUGUUAUCACCUGCUCCAAGCGAUAAUGUAAGGGCUCUCGCUGGUCUUCCUUUCGGAGGACCAAAUGCAUUAGACUCCUCUUCCAUUUUAUCCGAUCAAAGCACACCUACAUUACCAAAGCAUACAAAUAGCACACCUACACUAAACAAAUUAUCGCAACAAUCUGCGUCCAGAAAGAGCACAGGAAUCCCAAGUUAUACACCACCUUCUCCUCAAAAUUUCAUGCCUGCUUUUAUCGACAGACCGAAGUACCUCACCAAAUUCUUGGAAGCAGUCUAUGAAUAUUUGAAAAGCGAAUCUAUCUCAAAGGGAGCGUCGUUAUCACAAAAAUCAGAAUAUGCUAAUGUUUGGAACAACCUUUUGGAACAAGUGUUGGAUGAAUUUGAUUGCACAGAGGAGCAUCGUAAUAAAGGAAAAGAGUAUAAAACCUUGCACCAAAAAGCAUUAGCAUUACUACACGAUGAAAAUGUGGAGUAUGAUACAAAUCAAGCUUUAAUGCUUUGCCAAAUGAAACGAUUUGAUGAGGGCGUCGUGUAUUUAUACGAAAAGAUGGCCAUGUACUCAGAUAUUUUAAGGUUUUGGAUGGAGAAACAAGAUACAGAACGCGUUAUUGAAGGCGUUAGAAAAUAUGGACCUGAGGACCCUUCAUUAUACCCCAUGGUGCUGACUUAUUUCUCAUCCUCUCCAGAAAUCAUGGCUAAAUCAAAAAAUGAAUUACUUGACGUCAUGAACUAUAUUGAUGACCAAAAUUUGUUACCGCCAAUACAGCUUGUGCAGGCUUUGUCGCGGUCUAAUGUAGUUAACGUUGGCUUGCUCAAGAAAUAUAUAGGGAAAAAGAUCGAGAACGAACGUCAAGAAUUGAAGCAGAAUGAAGAAUUGAUCUCAAGUUAUAGAGAGGAAACAGACAGAAGGAAGAAGGAGAUCGAAGAACUGAAAACCAGGUAA